CUUCUUCUAGCCACACGAACACACCUAUACAACAAAAAAAUAAUGGACACAAACGCCAAGAUCGUCAAGCAAGUAGAAUUCUACUUUAGCGAUUCCAAUUUUCCCUUUGACAAGUUUUUGUUCUUCCUUUCCAAGAAGAACAGCGAAGGCUGGAUCCCUCUCGAAACUAUCGUUGGCUUCAAAAAGAUGCAAAUGAUUACUGAUGACAAGGAUACCGUUGUGUCUGCUUUGCGAUCUGCCAAUUCUGAUCUUGUGGAAUUAAACGAAGCGGGUGAUCAGAUCAGACGCACCAAGCCCUUGGUAGAACAAAACUUUGUGGCUCGGUCCGUUUAUGCUAAAGGAUUUCCCUUGGUGGAUGAGAACAACGAGAAGCCUGUGGAUGCUUUGAUUGAACUUCAGGACAAGAUUGAAGACUUUUUCCAAGAGCAUGGCAAAGUGCUUGCUGUCCGUCUCCGCAAAACUGAUGCGCGUCCCUCAAAGUUCAAGGGAAGUGUCUUCGUCGAAUUCGAUAGUCCCCAACUCGCCGAAGAAGUUGCGCAAAAGUCUUUGCAAUAUGAAGGCACCGAUCUUCUCUUAAAGACAAAGAAAGCUUAUCUGGAUGAAAAGUUCAAAAAGUACCGAAAUAUGGAUAAGAACUCUGCAGAAAAGAAGAGAGUCUCCAGAAAGUUCAGUGCAUUCGUGUGGGAACGCGAACAAAAAUUCGGCAACAAAAAGUUCCGCGGCGACAACAACGACAACAAGAAGGGCAACCGUAAGCAGCACAAUAACAACGACAAAAAGGCCUUGUACGAAGGCGCCAACCACCGUUUGCUCAAAUUCAGAAAUGCCAAGGACCUCGACGACACACAGUUGCAAGAUUUGGUUGGCAAGGAUAAGGUAGAAAAGAUCACUCGAAAGGAUGAUGGUUCUGGUUUCGUUUUGCUGUCGAGUGGCGAAGCUCGCCAGAUGGUCCGUGAACUGUUUGACAAGUCGGUCAGCGCACAAUUCUUUUCAGCAAACGGUGCAGAGUCAAAGGAGUUCGCAGGAGAGGGCACUACCGAAGCUGUCACUGGUGAGAAGCGAAAGGCAGAAGAUGACGUCAAGGAGGAGGGACAGUAA